ACCAAAGGCUGAGGCAGAGGUCGGACUGUGAGUCGAUGUGAAGACUUUGCUAUAUCAGGAAUAUACUCCACUUAAAAAAAAAUUAAAAUAGUUUGCAAUUUAGUUUGACUUUUAACCUCAAACUGUUUUUUGUAUUAUUCUUAAACCUACCAAGUGGAUGCACAGACCCUUCCACUCUGAUUUGAUGCAAAAUCGACUUUUGUUGUUUCUGGUUUUUUUCUCCAUAGUUGGGACAAAGAUGUUCCCCUCCUUUACGUCAGUGCUGCUGGUCACAGCGCUGACCGGUGUCUGGGCCCAAGACUUGAAUGAAGAGAGGAAAAUAAACAAGAAAUCCAGGGCCAAAUCCCUGGCUGCAAACAUUCAGGAAAGACAAGCCAUCAUAGAUGAGGACUGCAGCUUGGAGCUCUCCUUCCUGCUGGACAGCUCUGAGAGUGCCAAGGACAAUCACGAGCAGGAGAAGCAGUUUGUCAUGAACAUGGUGGACAGACUCCAGGGGAUACAGCUGCAGACCGGCCGCAGCUUGAGCUUCAGGGCGGCUCUGCUGCAGUACAGCAGUCACGUUAUCACAGAGCAAACCUUCAGAGACUGGCGAGGCAAGGAGAACUUCAAGUCCCGCAUAAAUCCCAUCAUCUACAUUGGACACGGCACCUACACCACCUACGCCAUCACCAACAUGACUAAGAUCUACCUGGAGGAGUCCAACCCCGGAAGCAUCAAAGUGGCCAUUCUGCUCACGGAUGGUAUCUCCCACCCGAGGAACCCUGACAUUUUUUCUGCUGUCACUGAUGCCAAGAACCAGGGAAUCAAAUUCUUCACUUUGGGCAUCACCCGCGCAGCCAACGAGCCAGCCAACAUAGCCCAACUCCGUAUGCUCGCCAGCCCCCCGGCCUCCCACUACCUGCAUAACUUACAGGAUGAAGACAUUGUUGAAAAAAUUGUCACUGAGAUUACUGGUUUGGCAGAUGAAGGUUGCCCUCUGGCUCAGAGAUGUGCCUGUGAGAAAGGAGAGAGGGGACCAGCCGGGCCUUCGGGGAAAAAAGGUCGCCCAGGAGAGGAUGGAGCCCCCGGGCUUAGAGGGCAAAAGGGUGAAGCAGGACUGAGUGGUCUACCCGGACGAGAGGGUGCUGAGGGAAAACCAGGUUACAAAGGAGAGAAGGGUGAGAGGGGCGAGUGCGGGACUCCAGGAAUCAAAGGAGACCGGGGUCCUGAGGGUUCGGUUGGAAACAGAGGGCUUCGAGGUCUGCAGGGGUUACCAGGACCACAGGGAGACGUGGGACCAGAGGGCCCUCAGGGAAAACAGGGUGAACGAGGCCCAGCCGGUCCUCCAGGGAUUCAAGGGGAAAUUGGAAUUGGACUUCCAGGACCAAAAGGUGACAUGGGAUUCCAGGGCCGAGCAGGUCCUCCUGGUCCUCCUGGACUGGGCGAACAUGGCCCUCCUGGGCCUCAAGGACCACAAGGUGCUCAAGGAGAUAAAGGACCCCAGGGCGAAGGUUUUCCUGGACCAAAGGGGGAUCGAGGGCUUCCCGGACCGAGGGGGCCGAGGGGACAGCAGGGUGCAGGGAUCAAAGGAGAAAGGGGUGAUUUAGGGCCUCCAGGUCCUCCAGGACCAACCGGGCUGACAGGAGUGGGCAUACAAGGAGAGAAGGGAGUCGAGGGUCCAAGAGGUCCACCAGGAUCCAGAGGAGUUCCAGGAGAAGGUUUACCUGGACCGAAGGGAGACCAAGGUUUACCAGGAGAGCAGGGAGCUACAGGAGAGACAGGCAUUGGUGAGCCUGGUUCAAAGGGAGAGCCUGGAUCAACUGGUUUAGGCGGUGUUCCUGGUCUUCCAGGAGAAGAUGGAGCUCCAGGGCAGAAGGGGGAGCCUGGUUUACCUGGUUUAAGAGGUCCUGAGGGAGCACAAGGAAUUGGUACUCAAGGGGAGAAGGGUGACCAGGGUAUGAGGGGCAUCCGUGGAUUACAUGGGCCUCCUGGGAUCUCAGGACCAUCUGGGCCAAAGGGUGAACGUGGAAUACCGGGCCAGCUGGGCAUGCCAGGGCAGCCAGGACGGUCCAUAUCCGGCCCAAAGGGUGACCUCGGUCCUGCUGGUCCUCCUGGACCAGUUGGAGAAACAGGCCAUGGAUUACCUGGACCAAAGGGUGAUCGCGGUCAUCCAGGUUUACCAGGUGGAGUUGGUCCAAAAGGCGAAGGCAUCGCCGGUCCUGUGGGCCCUCCAGGACUGCCAGGCUUACCGGGUGAGUCAGGUCCAGAAGGAAUAGGAAUUCCUGGUCCCAAGGGUGACAUUGGUUUCAGAGGAUUGCCAGGUUUGCCCGGCCCACCUGGAGAGGGCUUACAAGGACCACCUGGUAAUAUUGGGAGACCAGGACCUGCUGGUCCAAUUGGACCUCCAGGAGAAGGUAUCCAAGGACCGAAGGGUGAGCCAGGGUCUCAAGGUAUGACUGGGCCUAGAGGGCCGCAAGGAGAUGGGUUUCCGGGAAUCAAGGGUGAUCAUGGAAUACCUGGCGAGAGGGGAACAAAGGGUGCAAAAGGAGACUUGGGCGAUGCUGGAGUCCCUGGUGAUGCGGGGAAACCAGGGGCAAAAGGAGAUCCAGGCCUCACAAGAGAAGACAUUAUCAAGCUGAUCAAAGAAAUCUGUGGAUGUGGCAUCAAGUGCAAAGAACGACCAAUGGAACUUGUGUUCGUCAUCGACAGCUCAGAGAGCGUUGGCCCCGAGAACUUUGAAAUCGUCAAGGACUUCGUCACCAGGCUGGUGGACCGGACCACAGUCGGACGCAACGCCACCAGAAUCGGGCUGGUCCUCUACAGCCUGGACGUCCAUUUGGAGUUCAACUUGGCCCGCUACAUGAGCAAACAGGACGUGAAGCAGGCAGUCAGAAAAAUGCCUUACAUGGGAGAGGGCACCUACACUGGCACCGCCAUCAGGAAGGCGACUCAGGAGGCUUUCUUCAGUGCUCGGCCUGGAGUCAGAAAAGUUGCCAUCGUCAUCACUGACGGUCAAACUGACAAACGAGAGCCUGUCAAGCUUGAUAUAGCUGUGAGGGAAGCUCAUGCUGCGAACAUUGAGAUGUACGCCCUGGGGAUUGUCAAUUCGUCAGAUCCUACGCAGGCUGAGUUCCUGAGAGAACUCAACCUCAUUGCCUCUGACCCCGACAGCGAACACAUGUACCUCAUUGAUGACUUCAAUACUCUACCAGCUCUGGAGUCAAAACUCGUCAGCCAGUUCUGUGAAGAUGAAAAUGGCGCCCUCAUUUACAAUCGCAUUACAAAUGGACACUGGAAUGGCAACAAUGGGUAUGGUGUUCAUGGAAACAAUGGACACGAAGAGAAUAACAACGGAAACAAUGGCAAUAACGGUUUAGUUCAUGGAAACAACGGAUACGGGAACAACGGGAACGGUUACAAUUACCAAGGGGAGAUCCAAAAUGAGAGACGCACCAGCAGCCGAGGCCGUGGGGACACUUUCACGCUGCCCAUCAGUGCUGAUCCACUCCGUCUUCAGGAGCUGGAGGACGAUGAAGGUGAAGAUUUAGACAUAAGAGCCCAAUCUAGGGUUGGCAGUACCGUCGCUUUACAUGUAGUCAACAAAACAGCACCUUUAUCGCCUGUGAGAGAAACCUCCGUGUCCAAUGAGGCAGUCUUAUCAUCUUCAUCUUCCUCUAAAUCAUCUUCCUCAUCUUCAACAUCUGCGUCAGCACUGGACUCAGCAUUGUCUUUUAACUCUAAUCAGUUGCAGCGUGUGGUGAAGCCAGUCCUGCCUGAAGAGGCUCCUUCUUUUGAUCCUCGCUGUAACCUCAGCUUGGACCAAGGCACCUGCAGAAGCUACAGCAUCCACUGGUACUAUGACAAGCAGGCUAAUUCCUGUGCACAGUUCUGGUACGGAGGCUGUGCUGGAAAUGACAACCGUUUCGAAACAGAAGAAGAAUGCAAGAAGACUUGCGUUGUAUCCAGAACAGCAGGAUAAAAGGAGAGAAGCCAUCAGAGGGUGGAGAGAAGGUGGAAUUUACUACCCUUCAGUCUGCUGAUUUGUUAUUUCAAUGUGAUGCAUUUCAUCGGUUGUGUUCAGAAAUGUUCAUCACGUUUGUAACACACGCAUUUUUCUAAUCAAAUAGCAAAAUGGUGCCGUAACGAGAAAAAACAGCUGACAUGUUGAUUUUUCAACCCAGUGAAUGACUCACUUAAGAUUAACCUCCACAAAGACUAACUUUAUUACCUCAGAGUUGUUGUAUUGUUCUUUUAUACAUUGAUACCCUUUAUCCAAGGUUAGGCUGUCCUGUGUUUAAAAUGAGAACAAAGGAAAAACAACUAAAUAAGGUUAAUUCCAAAACAUUAACAAUUAACCUACAGAUCAUUCUUAUACCUCUAUGAGUGGCGUGCCUUACAUUAACUCAAUAUAUUUUUUAGCGAGUUAGCAGUAAAAACAAUUUUUGUUCUUUUUGUGUUGAUAUAACUUGCCGAAAUAUGCUGAGUGCUUUUUUGUGUGUUCUGCUUGUUGUCGUGAUGUCCAUUUGGGUUGUGACUGGCAGCUGUAAUAAAGAGCCAUUUUCUGUCCGGGUGCUGCUUUCAGAGGUUUUAUAUGAAUAUCAUCUUCUGAUGAAGACUGAGGCUUUCUGCGAUCCAUCCAUUAAAGACCUGUCUAUUUUGGCAGUGUGUGUAUAUCUGAACAAAUGUAUGUUUUUUUUAUAAUAAAAUAUAAAACAAUGA